AUUAAUUGUGACAAAACCCAUAAAUCCUCUCACCAAAUAAACCUCAAUUUAUUGCAUUGCAUAAUACCAUGUCAAUGAAGUUGUAUGCUUCCCUCACCCUUACGGUGUGGCUUUUCAUGGCCACAUUUUCGCGAGCCCAAUACGUUAUUGACACAAAUGGCGAACCCGUUGACAAUGAUGAUGAGUAUUACAUCAGGCCAGCCAUAACCGACAACGGAGGGCGUUUCACCUUGAUCAACCGAAACGGGUCGUGCCCUCUCUACGUGGGUCUUGAAAACACCGAUACGCCACUUGGUUAUCCAGUGAAAUUUACCCAUUUUGCCCUCAACGUUCAAGAUGAGGAUAUAAGGGUGAACAGCGACUUGAGAAUCGAAUUCGUGGAAGUUUCCACAACGUGUGUGCAAUCCACGGAAUGGAGGGUGGGUGAGAACGACACGAGGAGUGGAAGGAGGCUCAUCAUCACUGGCCUAGAUGAUAAUUUUGGAUCCAUUGGUAACUAUUUUAGAAUUGUGGAAACGCAAAGUGUUGGUAUCUAUAACAUCGAGUGGUGCCCUAUGGAAAUAUGCUCCGAUUGUGGAUUCGUUUGUAGCACUGGUGGUAUUUUGCGUGAGGAUGGAAGGAUUUUCUUUGCCUUGGAUGGUACUCCACUUCCAGUUGUGUUUCAGAAAAAAGAUGAUUAAUUUGAAGCACUAAGUUUGAAGAAUAUUGUGGCCGUUUAGUCAUAGUUCUUUUUAUGGUAAAUAGGGAUUAAUAUAUGAUAUAUGGAGCUAUCAUCCAUUUAUUUUAGGAAGAAAUAAAGAUACGUGUAUUCAGUAUUCUGUUCUUGAUUUGAAUAAAGCUCCUAAUUGUUAUGAGUUUGUAAUUCAUUUGCUACUUUGGUUAUUAUAUAUUAUACUUCUUUUAUUUCAUCUU